AUGAGCACUCCAAAUGGAUUUCCACAGCACUCCAGGGCGUGUGUUACUCGGAGCACAGAGGGUGGAGCAGUCCAGGACCUGCAGGCUAAAAAAGCUGGAAAAGCAGCCAAAAAGGAGGUUGGUGGCAAUGGGAGACUUCCCAGUGAAGGUCCUCUGAGUGCAGCCACCCCUGUGAGUGAGACCUUAAAGCUUCUACCAGAAGAACUCAAAGCCAAUAUGAAAAUGAAGUCGAUCACUCUGAGGCCUCCUCCGAAGCCGCGGCUGGAACGAGCUGCAUCCCUGGAUGAGAAGAGCUGGAGGAGGUGGAGGAGGUUCCGAACGAGCCAGGAAAGUCUGACUGAUCCCAGCGAGUUGAGUUCCUCCAAUGGUUCCCUGCAGGAAGCAUCCCCCAGCCCUCCCACCAGGAGCAGGGCAAGCCCCUGCCAGCCCUGCUGCCAGCAGAACUCCUCUCACAGCUCCCCAGACACCUCGGAAAUUGUGGGGAAGAGCAGAGGAAACACCUCUGACCUGGGCAAAAGAGCCUCUGAGAUCUCCAGUGCCUUUGGGGGACUUCUGCGGGGCAAAGCGUUCGCGGGUGGCAAGCCCAGGCUGUCCCAAAUCAUGCCAGCUCGGCCCCUGCCCCCCAUGGAGCUCCACGUGGCCUCUCCCACCCUGAGGACAGCUAAUAGGAUUGACUCAGAUUGUGUGGAUUACCGACAUUAUUCUCAGCACAAGUCUGGGAGGGUGAGCACCAGGCUGCAUGGCAGCGGCAUGGGCUACGACAGCUGCUCCACAGACUCCAUGAAAUCCACCUUCAGCCUGCUCACUCCCAUUCAAGCCAAGGAUGUUCGGAGCAGGAGCUAUAUGGAAGGCAGCAUUCUGGCAAGUGGUGCCUUACUGGGAGCAGAAGAACUUAGCAGAUACUUCCCUGAUCGGAGUGUUGGAAUCUUUGUGGCCACCUGGAACAUGCAGGGCCGGAAGGAACUUCCACUGAAUCUGAAUGACUUCUUAUUGCCAACAGAUCCUGUCUAUGCCCAGGACAUGUAUGUCAUUGGGGUUCAAGAAGGCUGUCCAGACAGAAGAGAGUGGGAGAUUCGCCUGCAGGAGACUCUGGGCCCUCACUAUGUCAUGCUCUACUCUGCUGCACAUGGAGUGCUCUACAUGUCAGUCUUCAUCCGCAGGGACCUCAUCUGGUUCUGCUCAGAAGUGGAGUGUGCCACAGUGACGACUCGGAUUGUGUCUCAGAUCAAAACCAAGGGAGCUCUGGGAAUCUCCUUCACGUUUUUUGGGACCUCCUUUCUCUUCAUCACCUCCCACUUCACAUCUGGGGACAGCAAGGUGAACGAGAGGAGACUGGACUACAACAAAACCAUUCAAGCCCUUACACUUCCCAAGAAUGUUCCAGACACAAAUCCAUAUCAAUCCAGUGCUAGUGAUGUCACAACUCGGUUUGAUGGAGUUUUCUGGUUUGGUGACUUCAACUUCCGACUGAACAAGGAUCGUGAGACUGUGGAUUCCAUCCUGAACCAGAACCCUGACACAGAUGUGUCCAAGCUGCUGGUGUAUGACCAGCUCACCAAUGAGAUGAGUCGGGGGUCUAUUUUCAAAGGAUUCCAAGAGGCUGACAUCCAUUUCAGACCUUCCUACAAGUUUGACAUAGGAAAGGACAGUUAUGACACCACUUCCAAACAGAGAACUCCUUCCUACACGGACCGAGUCGUGUUCCGCAGUCGGUACAAGGACGACAUCCAGGCUGUCAAAUACUCCUCCUGCCCUGUCAUCAGAACCUCAGACCAUCGCCCUGUGUUUGCCUUGUUUCGUGUCAAAUUGAGGCCUGGCAAAGACAACAUUCCCCUGGCUGCAGGCCAGUUUGACCGAGAACUGUAUUUGAUUGGAAUAAAGAGGAGGAUCACCAGGGAACUGCAGAAACGGCAGGAGCAAAAGGACCAAAAAUCCAGCAGCAUAUGUAGCAUCUUCUGA